CAAAUAUAUUUAGUAGCUUUCAAAAUCAUUGAGCUUUUGUACUGUACAUAAAGAUAGUGGAACAAUAUAAUAAAGGCUUUGAAAUUUUCGUUGGAUUAUUCCACCCAUGUUGAGAAAUAGAAGGCGAAAUCCUUGGACUUCUCCACGCUCCGCCAGGUUUGUAUACGCGCUUGUGUGGCACUAAUUCACGUUUUCGAUUGGAAAAAUGCUCCGACGUGACAUUCCUCGAAUUGAUAGUAGCUAUGGAAACUGCCAUGCGUUGUAUGGGAUUCGUCGACUACAAGCGUUCUUCGUUAUAUUUACUUACCGGUGGUGGCUUAUAUUAAAUCGAGUUGAAAUCCCGUGAAAAGAUGUCCGACGACGUCAUCCGUACUAUCUCCAAAAAGCUACGUCACUAUCUCGAAGUGCAGAGACGCGAAGAGGGGUUCGUUCUGCCGGCAAAGAAGCGCACUCCGUCCACAUCGUCGGAAAAAGAUAAAGAUCUAUCGGGUAGCAAGAAAUCCGGUUUACAUCAGAGAAGCAUUAGUCAUCUGCAACGUUCUCGACAGAUUCAUCGCAUUUUGUCUCAUUUGGAAGAGACUAAUCGUUUAUCGGAAAGAGAGAGAGAGGUGAGAUCGUCAUUAAUUCAAUACGUAAUGGGAGGCGAUACGAGAAUUUCCGCAACGUCCAAGACACCAUCUAUUCAAGCAGACGUAACUCAAUGGUGUGAUACUAUCAGAAACAGGAAGAAUCGCAAAUUAGUAGGGAGCGUAACACGCGCCGAAGCGGAAAGAUUGAUUACUACGGCUACUCGACUAUACGUUACUACGGAAAUGCUGAUCGACAACAAAUUGGAUUCGUCUGUCUGGCAGAUAAUCCGGCAGAGAGAAAAAGAAGUCGACGGAAUAAACUGUUUAUAUGAACAAGCGGUUAUCGAAAAUCGUCUAUCGAGAUCGUCGGUAUUAUCUGAAAAUAAUUUUCCUGGCGAAGAAAACGUAGAAAAAGAAAAGAAACACGAAUUAAACAUUCGACAAUCUACUAACAAGAAAGUAAACAAAGUGCGGCCAACGAGAAAAGAAGAAUUUGAACCAAAAGAAGAAAUUAGAACAAAAGAAAAUGAAAUUGAAAGAAUAAAAGAAGUCAAAACACCAGAUAAAGAAGUUAUAAAAGAAAUAGAAGAAGCAAAAAUAAUUAAAGACAUCGAAGUAGAGAUCGAAUGUCUUCCUACAAAGUUCUUGGUAGAUAAUUGGUGUCAAACGGACGAUUAUCAGAAUUUUUCGCCAAAUUCUGAACUGAUAGAAAGAAAAGAAGAAUCGUCGAUUUCCUCCAGCCAAAAUUCACCAAAUCUAGAAACAACCACCGAAAGAAAAGAAACGAGUAAUGAAUCGGGAGAAGCGUCCGAUUUGGAAUCGGGUGUACAUCUAAUCAGCUAUAAUUCUGUGUAUAAUAAAAAUUAUUCGGAAGAAGAAUCAAUUGCCUUUCGUGCACCGGAAUAUAACUGUAGUAGAAGAUCUAUAAGCACAGAUACCAGCGAAGACAGCAACUAUUGUGACGAUAGCUAUUCUUCUUCGUGUUUAACUAGUAGCACCACCGAUUUAAGUCAAAUUCACAAUACUAGUCAGCAAGAAUCUGGAAAACUCUCAGAAAAUUUUAUUCAGAUAUCCAUUUCGCAACCAGAAAGAGAAGAAACUUCGGAAACUUGCAGUAGCGCAUGCAGCUGUUGUACAUCUGAAGAUGGUAGAAAUUAUGUUGAAAUUAUUGACGAUAAUCCCUGCACGUGUACCGAAUCGGAUACUUGUAGUUGUUGCUGUUCGUGCAAAGAUUGUCAAUCGUCUAGCAACUCUCACUCCUGUAAUCAAAGUAGUUACGAAUGGGAAGAAGUAUCCGAAUGCAGCACUUGUAGUUGUACUAGUACCGUGCCGGAAGACGAAUGCGAGAAGAACGACGAAGAAACAAAUUCGGAUACCGAACCAAAAGAAGAGAAUGUCGAUCACGAAUCAAACGUUGAAAAAAGUAACGAAUCAAUUGAAAAUUCUAGAAAUGUGGAGAAUACGGAAGAAAACACGACGAAAAUCGAAGACACUGUAUCUUCCGAGCCAUUCACCGAAGAAGUGAAUAAACAAAAUGAAGAAAUAGCAGAAACAGAUAAACAGAAACAUACGUCAUUGCACGCAGUCGUAAACCAACUAACCGUCGAAAGCUGUGACUCCUUUCUGUUAGAUGAGGAAACUCGAAAUAUGAGCAUUCACGAUGCUGCCAGAAACGGCGAUCUUGACAUAGUCAAACUGUUAUCAAAAGCUAAUCGGAAAUUUAUUGAGACAGUGGACGAGAGAGGAUGGACCCCAACCCAUUUGGCAGCAGCCAAUAAUCAUGUCGAAAUUGUAAAGUUUUUAGCUCAGGAAGGAGCACACGUAUCAGCUUUGGAUCCUAGUGGAUACACUGCUCUUCACACCGCAGCCAUGCAAGGUCACAAAGAUUGCAUAGAAGUUCUUUUAGAAGCGGAAGCAAACGUCGAUUGUGUAACAUCUGAUGGAUUCACUCCUUUGCAUCUAUCCGCUCUAAACAAUCACGUAGAAUGUUGCAAAGUUCUGUUAGCUUGGGGUGCGAGUUUGACCAAAGAAGAUGCCUUAGGAAGAACGGUUUUAGAUAUGACAGAAGAAUAUUCUCUGAAAGAUGUAAAGAAAUUUUUGGAAGAUUUCAGUAAACAAUUAGAAAACUUUAAUAGCAUAGUGGGUGUAAUGGAUUCCUUUUCGGACAAAAGAUCUGAUCCAAGUGAUGAAAAAUCAAUAGACAGAAAUAUUUUAAACUUCUUGACAUCUAUGGCAGCUAAUGAUUAUGACAGCAGUGCUUCAUGAAAACAAUACUCUGGAGAUUUUCUAUUUAAUACAUUGCUCAAACAAUUAAGGAAUAUUAUGUCAGUUUAGAUGGAAUUGGUGGUUUUAUUUUACAUAAAACUAAUGGUUAGUCAACUAACAAUAUAUGAUUAUUGUAAAUAAAUUAUUAAACUUGGUCUUGUGAUAAAAUAACUCUAAAGGAUCCAAGGCAUAUUGUAUCCUAGAACUAUUAAAAUAGAAAUAAUGUGUAACUUUGAGAAUAUUCAGAAAUUCUUUGUGAAUAACAUCACCUUAAACAUCAAAAAUUGUUAAUUUUGCUACAAAAUAAAAAUAAAUAUUUCUUAAUUGUUCUGAGUAUUGUGUUUCUUCAAGCAUUGAAUUUGAUUGAAUUCAGACCUAAAAAUGUAAUUGUUGGCAUAAAAACAAGAUUAAUCUAAAUAUUAAGUGCCUUGAAUAGUUAUGAUUCUAAAACUCUCUAGUAGUCAAUGCUUUUUACAAAAAAUAUAAAUAAAACUAUAUUCUGAAUUUGUAACAGGAAAUAAAAUCAAAAUAAAGUACUUUUU